AUGCCUCCUGCCACACUGCGAACCCGAACUGGCUGCUUCCCAUGUCGAAAGCGUCGCAAGAAAUGCGACGAGACUCAUCCGCAUUGCAGCGCCUGCAUUCGAAACUCGCUGGACUGCAAGUGGCCCUCGGAGGAUAAUCAGCUCCCAGAUGGCAGAUCCCGGCAUUCUCGGGGUACGAAGGCCAUGAUGCGCGCAGUAGCGUCAUCAGGAGUAUCGCUAAUGCAACUCCCUCCACUCAUCAUGAUGCCGGCACCAUUCUCAUCAUCCGAGUGCACCUACCUAUAUCGAUAUUUUGCCUCCACGAUUUUACCCCGUUUUGUACAACGCAACUCGGUAGACAAAACACACAUGCUCCGCCUCGCACCCCAAUUCUCUCCUCUUUUUGGGGCAAUGGUCGCUGUGGCCGGAAUGCAGCUGCCGACCAAAGACCGGUGGCCGGCCCACCUUGCCCUUCAGAGCUAUCUGCAUGCGAUCCAUGUCAUUCAGAUGUCACUAACUGACAUUACCAAAGCUGGCUGUGACGAUCGGAUUCUGGCAACCGUGUCCCUGCUCGCCUGUUUCGAGUCCUGCAGAUCAGAUGCCAUACCCACUGUCGCGCCGCAUGUCAAAGCCGCGGGGCUCCUACUUACCCAACGCCGACCAUGCGAGUAUCGCACGAAGGCUGCGGCCACGUUUGAUCGCAUCUGCGUCGAGUCAUUCUUGUACCAAGCAUGCCUCAUGAUGAUAUUUGACCCGUCACUUGAUGCGCUCCCAGAGGAUCGGAAGCAGCUGGGGCUCCCUCUUUAUUUUGAUAAGCCUACAAGCCCAGCCUCUGACUCUGAACAGACUAUUCUGCAGGCCUCUUACAAGUUCUUUCUUCUUAUUGCGGACGUGACGAAGAUGUCUCGGCUAUCAAGACCGCUUGAUAGCGCGGAAGUGACGAAGUGGCGAAGUCUAGAUUGUGAAUUGUCGCGCUGGAGUCACCUCAUCUGUUCAGCCGACAUGUCUCUCGCGUUAUGCUACCUAUCACUUCAAAUCUUACUCCAAAAGGUGAAUCCACACAUCACCUCCAGUCAGCGAAUCCAGCGAGUAUACUCGUGUCUAGCAGGUGGUCUACACAGGGUACCUGCGUUGGAGAUAGACAUUUACCCGCCAGUUUAUUUGCUAUGGCCCGUGGCUAUCCUCGGGGCUGUUGCCGUAAGGCUCGAGGACAGGCAAGUUGUCCGAGAUGUCAUCGCCUCGAUAUCUGCUGCAAAGCUAGGUGGACAUGCAGCUUGGGUACAGAGGAUAUUAGACAGAGUCUGGACAGCCGUCAGUCCUGCACCGGAAAAACCACAAGUCAGUCUUAUUGGACUCCAGCUUCUGCUGGAUCAGGGGUGA